AUGCACCUGAAAUGGACCAGGAGAGAAUCUUUUCUUUAUCUAUCUAUCUAUCUAUCUAUUUAUCUAUCUAUCUAUCUAUCGUCUCUUCCCUAUCUAUCUAUCUAUUUAUCUAUCUAUCUAUCUCGAUCUCGACUGGAAUUUCUUCAUAUCAUUCUUUCUUCAGAUAAAUCUUCUUUUCCUACUCUCCGCAAAUUCUCCUCCUCCUCCUCCCCUCUUAUUUUUCUUCUACUUUUUCCUCUUCUACUUCAUAAUAGUGUUUUCUUUUCUGGCAAUUUUUUUCCCGUUGCUCACAUCGUUUUUUCUUACGUUUUCUUUACAUUAAUCCAUCCUUCUGUUUUUUUCCUUCUUAUCUUCAUGACGGCCAAACUGCUCCUCUUCUGUUCUCUACAACCCUUUUUUAUUGGGCAUCUCCCCCACCUUCAUUUUUCCUUUCAUCAAUUCCUUCUUGAUUUCCUUUACUUCUUUCUAUUUUUAACCCCCCCCCCGCGUUCAUUCCGCCCAUCCCGACAUUCACAUUUCUCGUCACCUCCACCUUUAUCUUUGGACCCCAAUCCUUUUUACGUUAUUUAA